AACCUUCUACGUUCACUUCCAACAUCCACCUAACCUUACCCCAACCGCCAUCGAACUGCUGUCUGGGUUAAUUUCAUCAGAUCCGACCUUUUAGUAUCACUCCGCCACUUUCCAAUAUGUCGACUCUUGAAGACCUCGACGACCUCGAGCGCGAGACCAGAGACAAGAAGCAAGAUCAGGGUGAUGACGAUGGCAAGAAGCCCAGUGGCGAUGGUGAUGCUGAAAUGGAAGAUUCCGAGAAGAAGGAGGAUGAGGAGGAGCUCCUUGAUGAAGAGAUCCUGCAUUCAAGCACGGCGGACAUUGUCAAGAGGCGGCGGAUGCUGGAGAACGAGAUGCGCAUCAUGAAGAGCGAGUUCCAACGGUUAACACACGAGCAAAGCACAAUGCGAGAGAAGGUCAAGGAUAAUCAAGAAAAGAUUGAGAACAACAGACAACUACCCUACCUCGUCGGAAACGUGGUCGAGCUGCUGGAUCUCGACGUGGAGGCCGAGGCCGCCGAGGAAGGGGCCAACAUCGACCUGGAUGCUACCCGCGUUGGCAAAUCCGCCGUCAUCAAGACCUCGACUAGACAGACUAUCUUCCUUCCGCUCAUUGGUCUGGUCGAUCACGAGAAAUUGAAGCCUGCUGAUCUUAUUGGUGUCAACAAGGAUUCAUAUCUCAUCCUCGACACACUACCAGCCGAGUAUGACAACCGUGUGAAGGCGAUGGAGGUCGAUGAGAAGCCUACGGAGAAGUACACGGAUAUUGGUGGUCUGGACAAGCAGAUUGAAGAGAUCGUCGAGGCUAUUGUAUGGCCGAUGAAGGAGGCUGAGCGUUUCAAGAAAAUCGGCAUCAAGGCGCCAAAGGGUGCCCUGAUGUACGGACCUCCUGGAACCGGUAAAACCCUCCUGGCACGAGCCUGUGCCGCCGAGACGAACGCCACUUUCCUUAAGCUCGCCGGUCCCCAACUUGUGCAGAUGUUCAUUGGUGACGGUGCCAAGCUCGUCCGUGACUGCUUCGCCCUCGCCAAGGAGAAGGCUCCCUCAAUUAUCUUCAUUGAUGAGCUGGAUGCUGUCGGCACCAAGCGUUUCGAUUCAGAGAAGUCCGGUGAUCGUGAAGUGCAGCGUACCAUGCUGGAGCUUCUGAACCAGCUGGACGGUUUCGCAUCUGACGACCGUAUUAAGGUCCUGGCCGCGACCAACCGUGUCGAUGUUCUGGACCCUGCCCUGCUCCGUUCGGGCCGUUUAGACCGCAAGAUCGAGUUCCCACUGCCUAACGAAGAGGCUCGUGCCAAUAUUUUGCAGAUUCACUCUCGUAAGAUGUCCGUUGAGGACACCGUGAACUGGGCCGAGUUGGCACGCAGCACGGACGAGUUUGGCGGUGCCCAGCUGAAGGCUGUCUGUGUUGAGGCUGGUAUGAUUGCGCUGCGGAAGGGAAUGAGCAAGGUUGGACACGAGAACUAUGUUGAUGCCAUCGCUGAGGUCCAGGCCAAGAAGAAAGAUACCAACAUGGGCAUUUAUGUCUAAUGUAGCUAUUUUACUGGUCUUGCAUCUCUCGGUAUUCUUGUCUCCGUUCUCAUCUCUAUUACCAACUUAUUUUUUCCCUCCCAUGUCUCGUCAUGUCAUGUGUGUACGUUGUGCGGCUCAAAUGGUUCCGAGCCGGUAAUUCGCUCUGCAUGCGAGCGGUUUCCUCUAAAUCAAAUAACAUGAUGAUCCUAGAUCCUAAACUGGUCACUAUCUGAGCUCUUGGCGUGUUAAGUGGAAAAGCCGUAUGAUAAUGCUAGCAACAACGUCUUCUAGUCGUAGCUUCCGUCG